CUUGUGUCAUCGGCCUGCAAAAUACGUCAGUCAUUUUGAGCCGUCAAAGCUAUUUGGGCACCCCCAUUUACACACGAUUAAAAUCUCUGUCCAUCAAGAACCGAGAACCGAGGUGAACUCGACCAGACCAUGGCAUUGCCUUCGCAAGCAAUCUGACGUUGCCAACGGUGGAGAUGUUGCUUGAGCAGUCCUGUGAAACUGAGUAUUAACCAUGCGCCAAGAAACUGAACUGUGUGAUGAUUUGAUACCCAAGGUGACAGGAGCCAUAGACUUGUUGUAUGAUAACGAGCUGAGAGAGGAAAUGUCGACUGUACUUGUGAUUGGUGGUGGGGUUGGCGGUUGCUCAGCAAUCGUCGGGUUGAGGAAGUUUGACAAGGGAAAAACAGAUAUCAUACUGGUUGACCCGAAAGAUCAUUGUGAGAUUUUCUGGGCGGCCUACCGAAGCCCGUUUGAAGAUUGGGUUGCGAAGGAUUCUCUAGCUUCCUUGGGCGCUUGGUCCAAGAAGCACAAAGUCAAGCAUGUUCGAUCAUAUGUGGUCAAGUUGACUCGCCGCGAAGCAACGCUGCAGAAUGGUGAGGUGAUUGCCUUUGACGUCUGCGUGGUAGCCACAGGAGCCGCAGAUAAAUCUGCCAUGAUGGGACGUGGGCUGCCCUCGGGCGACGGGACACGUGAGAGUCGCUUGAAGGAAAUGAAAGAGGCGGGAGACAGAAUCAUGAACUCUAACAGUGUCGCCAUUGUUGGUGGAGGUUUCAUCGGAUGUGAGCUCGCAGGAGAUAUCAGUGCAUACUCCAAACAGAGGAACCAGCCUGUGUCUGUAACCUUGGUGCAUUCUGGUGCUAGCCUCUGUCACCAUGAAAUCUCACAAAAAGCCAGCAAAAUGGUACAAAAGAAGCUGGAAAAAUUGGGAGUCAAGGUCAUUCUCAAUGACAAGGCAGACAAGAAGCCGAAUGGUACAGUUGUCCUGAAGCACUCGGGUGACACCUUGGUGGCGGAUGAGGUGAUUUACACCACUGGCCUCCUGCCUGUCAAUGGUUUCUUGGAGGAAUGUUUUGAAGCAUCGCUGAACCAACAGGGAUGGAUUGAAACCGACGACUGCUUCCGAAUGAAAGGGGAAGCAAACAUGUUCUGCAUUGGAGAUUGCUCCACACUAUUGGCCAAUGCAGGGAACAAGUACCUAAACAAUAUGAAAGUUAUCGGAAAGAAUCUAAUUGUGACACUGGAUGCCAUUGCGAAUGGCUGCAUGCCCCCCAAAGAAGCCAGGUUGGUCAAGGCCAAAGAAGGACUCGAUGUAGCGGUGGUGACAGUUGGAAACAAAGAAGGCGUUGCAUGGACGCCAGUGGGCCAUUCUCAAUUUCUUUUACCUUCACUCAAGAACAAGACAAUGUUCUUCCAUGCCAAAGGUCAACUUGAGUUUCCAAAGGAAAGAUGAGCGGCAAGUGGAGCUGUGGGUUCUAGCUAGCUAGUAUCAUAUUCUUUUUCCUAAAGACCGCCCGAGUACCGGUAUGAGAAGCGAUGAGGCAUUUUAGGCGUGCCAAAACCACAA